UGUUUCUGACCUGAGUGCAAGAAGAGAAGAUUAGCUCAGCUCAGGUGGUUUUCCCAGCGAUCUCCGCCGUAACUCAUGGCAUUCUCAAAUUCGAAGGGCGUAAGGAACCCACUCCACCACAUAACUACAGAAGGAAGAUUACCUGCCAUCAAGCGGCCAGUGAUUCAGGUGGUAAGAUUGAAAGAGGAGACACUGCAAGCACCAAAAACACUGAACGUUUCACGGAGAGAUGCAUUGCUAUAUCUUACAGCUGAAACUUUAGGUGGAAUCAUCGUUCUCUCUGCGGUAGAACCAGCGGAAGCUCGUGUUGGGAGACUUGAUAUGAAGAAAAAGAUAAUGCAGAAGCUCGAAAAGCUCAGGGAGAAUGCUGGGGUAUCAAAGACAAAAACUGAGGAGAGGACAAAUGCUCCCCAAGCUCAACCACUUCCGCCACUGCCACCAUCAAUACUCUUUCCAAAUCCACAGGAAGGACCUAUUAUCGAAUCCAUCAUUCCUUGAUGAUUAAGGCACUAGGCUGUAACAAUAUUUGGAAUAAAAUGGUGGAUGUUUGUAGACACCAUAUUUUGGUCAUUCUUCAAAAUCGUAGUUCAAAUAAUUGCAAUUA